UGGUUAGUGCGUUGAGGGGGUCACUUUGUGCCAUUUCGUGUUGCAGUCUCAGUGAGUCAUCGGUGGAAAAGAAGGAGGAAGAUUUGGGGUGAAAUAUUGCUGUUAAAUGAGUCCGGACAGCAUGACAUCACGGCAUAAUUAAAACCGCUUUCUGGAAUUCCGCUCCCAAUUCCUGCGCUCAGGUUUGCUGGAGGAUUUCUGGAGCACCUGCAGGUUGGUGUGUGUGUGUGUGUGUGUGUGUGUGAAAUAUUUUCACUGGACGGGGUUCAAACUUUUGGAGGAAAAGAGAAAAAACGGAGGCAGCGGCAUUACGCCAUUCUUGCCUCUCAUGGGAGAAAAAAAGUGGGAUUUAAAGAAGUUUCUUCCAGAUAUCCAGCAGAACAGCGCGGUGGAGUUUAACUGGACUCUGGUCUGUCACCGGCGGGAUCUCUCCAGCAUUAUGGUUCCUCAACAUCACAGAUGGAACAAUAAAGUUUGCAGCAGUUGUUUUAUUUGCAUCUUUUCUCUAAAUAUUUUCUUGAUGUUUUUUCUCUGUUUCUGAGCGAAGAGGAACGUUUUCCUGAAAAGCAGAGACUGAACUGAAGAUGAAACUCUUCACAGGACUGGACUCUCUUCUGCUUUCAGCCCAACAGGUCAAUUAAAUCUCCAGUGACUUUCUUCUUUAUUACAAUGACUGUGUGCCAGCAGGAAACAGGGCUUUAGGAUGAACGCUGUGAAGCGUCUUUCUCUCCUGCUCAGCUGCUGGACUCUCAUUUACCUGCAACCCGUCCGCGGCUCUCUCAGCCGGACCAGACCCACAGAGCACAAACUCGGGCAGGCGGUGGAGCGCACGGGAGGAGCCCAUCGUGGAAUCGGGAUGUCUGCGCACCCCGCAGGGAGGCAACCGGUUCCCGCUGCAGGUAGCAGGAAACCUGCGCCGCGAACUCGCGCAGGACUGCCGCUGAUUAAAGGCGAAACAGCCGCGAUGAGAAGCAAACAGACUGCGGGGUCCUCAGCGGCGGCGGGGGUCCCUGAGCCUCAACAGCAGCUGAAUUUGGGCCGCAAAGAGGCUGUGCGCUCCUGGCUUCCCGCAGCGGAUGCGCGCUUUCAGCCGCACCUUCCCGCAGCCGUUAACGCACAUGCGGCAGGAGCAGUUGGAGGUGGACGCUCACCGGGGAAACAUGCGGGGAAGGUCGCUGCCAGGGUGAGCGCAGCGGCUGCGGCGGCGCGCAGCGGCUUUCCUCCUGCUGCGCAUCGCGGAGUCUCCAACAGGAGGCAGAAACUGGGCGACAAGCAGCCGCUGGUGACCCCUCACGACUACAUGCUGUCUCUGUACUGGUCCCUGAGUAGCGGGGACCUGAACAGCAGCGCGCUGCAUGAAGCCGGCCUGGCCAACACCAUCACCAGCUUCGUGGAUAAGGGACUCGAUGAUCGAGGGCCUGUGUUGCGACGUCAGAAGUAUCAGUUCAACAUCAGCUCUCUGGAACGAGACGGGCUCCUGGGGGCCGAACUUCGCAUCCUGAGAAAGCACAUGUCUGACCCCCUCUCAGCCUUGGUUGGCCCCGCAACAGCAGAAGAAAGAGGAGGAGGAGGUUCGAUCCCAUGCCUGAAGCUGUACACCUGCGCUUCAGGCAAACAGAAACCUGUUCUGCUCCAGAUGAGGACUGUGGAGGAUCUCCUCAGUGGAUAUAGCAACAACUGGGAAGUCUUUGAUAUAUAUAAGAUCUUCAAGGGAUUCAAAAACCAGCAGGACCAGCGCUCCCAGCAGCUGUGCUUUGAGCUUGAGGCCCUGGAGCACAGAGGAGGUCGUCCGCUGGACCUGAGAACUCUCGGGUUUGCUCGACUCGGCAGGACCAACAAGGAGAAAGCUUUCCUCCUGGCUUUUGGGAAAAGCAAGAAGCGUGACCUCUUUUACAAUGAGAUCAAAGCACGUUCGGGUCAUGACAACAAAACUGUCUACGAAUAUCUUUUCAACCAGCGACGAAUGAGACGAGCUCCUCCACCAAGAGGCUCCAAGAAGACCCUCCGCCCCCCUGCACAGAUCCUCCCCCAACACCAGGCGGGAAAGACGAAGCCACGCUGCCACCGGCGGCGACUUCAUGUCAACUUCAAGGAGAUGGGAUGGGACGACUGGAUCAUCGCUCCUCUAGAGUAUGAUGCCUACCACUGCGAUGGUGCCUGUGACUUCCCCAUUCGCUCGCACCUGGAGCCCACCAACCAUGCCAUCAUACAGACCCUGAUUAAUUCCAUGGACCCAGAAGCGACUCCACCCACCUGCUGUGUCCCAACACGCCUCAGCCCCAUCAGCAUCCUCUACAUCGACUCGGCCAAUAACGUUGUCUACAAGCAGUACGAGGAGAUGGUGGUGGAGUCUUGCGGGUGCAGGUAACAGAGACAAAAAAUGAGUAAUGACUCAUCUGUUCCAACUUUUCUGAAUCAUCACGGAGCAAAAGAGCUGUUACUUCAGACCCACUGCUGUGUCACAGACAUGACUCUCACCACUCCAGUGGGCUAUCACACUUCAUACCAAAGGCUGCAAAGACUAAACACAGAAAGAUAAACUGAUGGAGAUUGUGCUCUUAAACACAGACUCACUUAAACUGUUGAUGUUGUCAGGAUGUGUCUGAGAGACGGCCGAAAACAAAAACAGAAAAAAAGUCUCUUCUCAGAUUCGUAUCUGAGUUCUGAUUGGUGGAAAAAGUUCUGCAGAAACAUUAAGUGAAUUAUAUACAGAACUGCCCUUUUUUCCAGCACUUAUCUGAUGGAGUCAUUUGUAUUCCUUAACCAAGAUGUGUUUUUUCUGUAAAGCAUGUGAAGAAUCCCUGAUGUAUAAAUACCAGUCAGUGAUGAAGUGCUAAUCUGACCUGCUCCAAAUGUGGGAAAGUUGUUUAGACUAGUCUUCAAUAAAAAAUUCCUGAAGCUCUGAGCUCCUGUCAGUGCAAACAUCUACACCCCCUCCCUCAACACCCACUCACAGAGAUGAUUUGCAGACUAAACUAUUAGAAGAAUCUGAGAGUUUUAGAUGCCAAAAAUAAAGUUUAGCACAACAAUGCCUUUUUUUAUUUAUAAGACCCGUGUUUCACUGGGGCCUAACAAAUUCCUAUAGUUUCUGGUUAGUGGUGUUUUGCUUUUAAUCUGCUUUAUUAACACCAUCAAAAAGUUCAAUAAUGUAAAAUGAACCAGCACUGUAAAACUGAGAUGAAUAAAAUCUAAUAAAAAAAUGACAGAUUUCCUGUUUCCUGUCAGUAAUGACUGAUUAUUAAAGAAAAAACAGUUAGAUGAUAAUAACUAUAACUGUUUAUCUGCAUUAUCAUUAGUGUGUGUCUGUAUUACCUAUUUAAAGGUAUGGAUCAGAUUUUUAAACAUUUGUCAAUAUAAAACGUCUGAGUUUGAGUUGUUUCAUAUGACAGAAAUCAGGAUCCCAGGUCUGACUUAACUGAUUCACUUAGAAACAACUCGCUGCAAUUAUUUCUCCUUUACAGACCCACAGCCAUAAAAACACUGCAGAUAAGCUGACACCUACUGAACCUCGCUUCAAGAAAAAACACAUUUCCCAUUUUUGACAGGUUUUUGAAAAAGAUUUGACCUUAAUAAAAUCUCUGUGAAAUAUUCCA